AUGAUAAUUAUAAAUAUAUUAAUUUUGAUUAUUUAUAUAUAUUUAUUAGGAAAUAUAAUUUUUGUUUCUAAACAUAAACAUUUAUUAAUUAUUUUAUUAAGAUUAGAGUUUAUUGUUUUAAGAAUUUUUUUUUUUUUUUUAAUUUUAUUAAGUUAUAUUGAAUAUGAUAUAUAUAUAUUAAUAGUUUUUUUAGUAUUUACAGUUUGUGAGGGUGCUUUAGGUUUAUCAAUUUUAGUUUCUAUAAUUCGUACACAUGGAAAUGAUUAUUAUCAAAGUUUUAAUUUAUUAUAA